AUGACCCACCCACUGUACCAGGCUAAUCUGAGCCAUGGCUCUAGAAAUGAUAACAUAGCAUUCGUUUUAAAGCCUGUGAGUCGCUCGAUUUUUGAGCAAUCACAGGAGCUCAAACAGAAAUUCGGCAACGUUCGUCAAAUACGACAUCAUGUAGAUGAAGACGAGGGGAACCAUGUACUGAUCUACGAUUAUGCCAUAUCCAACGUACUUGAAAUGAUACACGACUGUCCUCCUCUUCCUCUACAAGCAAGAAAGACAAUCCUUAAAGAGGUUGGCCUGGCAUUGAAAGAGAUGCACGCGAGAAAUUGGAUACACCUUGAUAGGAAACGUGAUGUGGCAGAGUUCAGAAGGACAACUGGGGAGGGGAAUGGGCAAGCAUUCGGAGGUAUUUUCUUUCAGGCUUCUGAAAGAAGGCGAGAUCUUGAAGGAUAUUUCGAAGAGGAUGAGGAGCGAGCUCAAGGGUAUGGACCUUUUGAGCAAUGGACCGAGACUGAUUAUCCCAAUCUCAAUGAGGAUGCGAAGAGAUUGAUACUGAGAAUGACGAAUCUGGACCCUGGAAAGAGGGCGGAGAUGGCUGAUAUCAUGGCGGAUCCUUAUUGGGAUGGGGUUGGUUCUGAGGGUACUUUUGAGACUGAAGAAUGUUUUAAAGAUGGUGCAAAGUUAGUAGUUUAA